AUGCUGGAGAGUCCUCCACCACGUGGGUGGGCUGCACCACCGGCCGCCAGCAUCGCUAACAGCAGCGGCAUCAGCACCCGCAGCGAUGGCGCCACGGUGAAUAUGGGCAACGCAUACGCCCCCUUGUCACGCGUGGAGAAGACCGCUGCAGGAAGCCCGUUGUCCCUGCCAGCGAUCGCUUCCUCGGGCAGGGAGGCGGUAUCGAGAGGCGGCAAGGACUCGGCCGUCCACGGCAGCGAUGGUGCUGCUGCCCACGGCCUUGCUCCGCCUUCCCCCACACGCCGAUCCGCCAGCGUUGGCCUUCAAACGGCGAAGGCCUCAGUGGACGCAGACGCCUUCUCACGAACAGCAGCAACACCGACGCUGGCUUUGCCACGCAGCGAUGAGGAGGUGACACAGUAUGUGCUGUACGAUGGACUGCCGAAGAUCGGCCCCGCCUCGCGCCGGGCUCAGAAGCGGCAGAGUGAGGCGUAUUACCAGUUCCAGCACCGCAUUCACGAGCGCGCCGAGGCCGCACACGCGUUGGUGCUCUCCGCGAACCCGCUGUCGCUCUCCGUGAUGGCCUCUCAGCUGCGCAUGUACCGCUGGCGCGUGACACAGGCGCAGACGCUCACGGAGGCCACCGCCAUCUUGCAGGACUAUGUAAUUGACGCGGCACGGCACGGCUACCGCGUGCGCCGUGGUGCGCUGCCGCCAUCCAGGCAGAGCCGCUACGCGAACGGGCGCGGGCGUGCUGCACUAAAGCGGAGGGCACAGGCAGAGCUUGAAAGGUUGUCUGGCGUCAAGCCCGCGGCAGAAAACACCAGUGGUACGUCUGUGGGUGGAGCGGCCGUGGGCAAGGGGGUUAGUGCUGCCCCGCGACACCCCAAGGACAGAGGUGCCUCCGACAGCCGUGCAGCGGAGGUAGCGAUGGAGGAAGAGGAGGAGGAGCUGGACGAGGCAGCCGUCGAGGAUGACGCUGAGAGUGCGCUGCCGCCGGCGCCGCCCGACACGCUGCCGCGGUUGGUUCUCGUGGACGCCUUCACCCAUGAGGACCUUGGCGAUAUUGCCCGCCACGUGCGCUUCGUUGACCAGGAGCACGGGCUGGAGAUGCUGCUCGUGCUGCUGCUUCCAAGUGAGACCGGGGCGAUGACUGUGUCGAUGCAGGGCGCCGGCUGCGUCAUAGCGCCGACGCAUCAGAUGACGAUGGAAGAUGCCUACGCGGUCGGCUACGACCUUGUGCUGGCGCACAACAUGGACCAUCUGCUGGUUGACUUCUUCACGAACGAGUUUGUGUCAUCGGUGGGACGGUGGCGCAACAACGUGCGCUCGAAGGCGGCAGUGGGCAACUACAUGAGCCUGCGCAGCGUGCUGCUCGGCGGGCUGGACACGGCCGCGCUUCAGCGUCUCGUCUGGGAUGACCGGGUCGACGACACCGCGGUGCUGGAGCUGCUAGGAGCGCAGUCGCUCUCCACGCAGGGCGGAGUCCAACGCUACGGCGCGGCUACUCGGCAUCUGUUGCAGCAGCAGGGAACCGCCGUCGAGGCCGAGGCUCAGGCCAAGCGUUACGGCAGCGGCGCCAGUCGCUCCAGCGGCGGCGGCUCUGGCGAGUCCGACGCCGACCUCGCGCAGGGUGUCGAUGAGUCGAUUCGUCUCACGGGCGUGUCGCGGCUGCGCAAUCGCCCAAGGAGCGUAGCUCACUUCGGCGUUCGUUUGCCGGCGCAGCAAAGUGCAGCGCAUGAGCACCUUUCCAGCUUCUCCACUACAAGGGAUGUCUUCUCGAGCGUGAUGACGCAGUCGGAGGGUGCAAGGCAGUCACACCGUCGUCGUCACUGUCAGGUCAGCGGCGCCGAGGACUUGCAGUGGGACGCAGACAACAACGAAGACGAGUUGAAACACCAGCAGCGCCUCCUGCAAGGGGCACUAGAAAGGGAACUGGGACGCUUGCUUGCCGAGAACGAAGGCAAGCAGGCCUCCAUCGACGCCAUGCAAGAGGAGGUGGAGCGGCUGCAGCGCACCGUGGGCGUCCUCCGACGGCACCAGCGCGGAGCCCCUAGCGCGAGCGGCGACGGCUCCAAGGCGGAUCACAAAUCGGAACUUUCCGAAAGUGGCUCGAUGAUUCACCUUAGCAAGCAGCAGCAGAUCUUCAUCCUCAAGGAGCGGCUGGAGGCGGCGAACGACCGGAUUGUGGCCCUGGUGAGAGGUGGGCGACCCAGCGGAGGGGGCCCCUCGUCUCCCCGUCGGCGUGGCGGCGGCCGGAGCGGCGGCUGGAGUCGGCGCACCCGCGGUAGCAGCGCGUCAGAGGGCCCAAGGACUCCAACUCACAUGCCGAGCCCGACUGCGUAUUCCACGUUUCUCACCAAGGUCACUGUACAGGAGGCGGAGCAAAUGGCGGCGCUGGACUCUGAUGCCAACCUCUCGCUCGAUCAGCUGGAGCUUCACCGUCAGGAGAUGAUCGCCGCCGCCAACGAUACCGCCGGCCAAGCGGCCGCGGGCCAGAGGCAGCGCAGAGAGCGCGAGGCGGAGAACCAGGUAAUUCACUCUCUCCAACUUGAGCUUCAGCAGCUGCAGGGGCGCCUGGACGACACCCGCCCCGGUAGCAACCGGGCGGGUGCGGAGGGCUGUGAGGGUCUGCAGGCGCUCAUGGCAAGUCGCUUGCAAUCUGCGCUGGAAGUGAUGGAGACGCAGAAGGUGCGCAUCCGGCAUCUGGAGGAGCUGCGGCAGAUGGAUCAGCUGCUGCACACCACUCUCAGCCGAGAAGGUGCGAAGGGCCGGAAGAAGGGCGCCGGACGCAGCACCGGAUCCAUCUCGGGCGUGUCCGCCGGCUCAGAGGAGGCGGAUCACGCGGACAGGAGCAACAGCUCCAGCGCAGAAGGCGAGGGCGGCACCUUCGCAGGCUCGCGCAGCACCGUUCGGGGUCGCAAGGGGCAGCACCCGCGCACCAAGGGCAGGAAGGCAGCCAAGUCUCGCUUCGGGGUAGAACUCGUGCCGGCUGGCAGGAAGGGGACGGCUGCUGGUGGUGGUGGAGUGGCAGCGUCAAAGGACGUCGCCAAGGGAGGCCUCGAUGCAGGUGACGACGGCGACAGUGACAGCACCCAGAAGACGGAUAUGGAGGAGGUCACAGCGCGACGCAUCGAGGCCGCCGUGCACGACGCCGUGACCUCUCUCCAGCGCACGCAUAGACGGCAGCUCGCUGCUCUCGUCCAGACAUGCAAGAUGCAACUUGCCCGGGUAGCGCUAAAGCUGCAGAAGCCCUCCACCAGCGCGUACACAACGCUGCUGCAGGAGGAGCUCUCCUGCGCCCAGCGUGAGCAGCGCGCCGCGUGGAUGCGUCUGCAAUUUACGCUGAGCAACCUGAGCCCUGACCAGUACGACGCAACGCUCGCGGAGCGAGCCUCAUCCUCGGCGGCAGCGACGGCACCUCUCGUCUUUCUGUGCGGCACGCCGACGCCAGAACCGGAUGCGACGGACAGCGGUGUGGCUUUCGAUCCUCGCGGUGAUGCGAAUAUAGUCCCGCUCGGUGCGGUGACGGACCCCUAUGUGCGAUCCACGGCUGCGAACAUCGCGCGCGAGUACGCGGCGUACGGUUUGCGCAUCGCGUACGUGUCCAGCGAGCUCCAACGUGUGGAACAGAGCAUGAUGGACUCGCCAAGGCACUUGCCAGAGCUCGCGCCCGCAGCAACGCCUGCUGUUGCGGACACCCCGCCGGAGCAGCUGCUCUCCGUUUGCCAGGCAGCCAAGGCUCGUGUGCGGGAAACGGUCGACUCGUGCGGGCCAAUUCGAGAGUACCUCGAGGCCGUGCAGGUGGAGCUGGCCAUCGAGCAGCAGUUCCGUCCCUGGUGUGACGUGAAUAGCGCGCAGCUUUUCAGUGCAGCGAGCACGGUGCUGGUGCCGGCCACGCUGUGCAUUGGCGCAUCCAUGCCCGACUCGGGCGCCACGUACGACCACACCCUAAAUAGCACGCCUUCCUCAACGGUGUCCGCGAACGCCGACCAGCUGGUGCUGCUUGCGGACGUGGAUGCGAGCAUGCGUGAUGUCGCGGACGUGUAUGCCGCGAUGUUGCGCGCACUGACGCCGAAGGGCAGCGGCGCUGCUCUCAGCAUAUCCGCCACCAGCAGUGGCAGCAUCAGCCGCCACCACGCCUCACCCCCGGCCCGCGCCAGCAAGGAGCGCGACUCCAAGAAGCGUAAGCAGCCCGCAGUCUCACCAACGCGGUCAAAACCGGCGGCGUCGCAGCGCCGAUUUGUGGCCAAGGCAGCCGACAAGAGGUCCAGCGGCUCCCCGGGUGAGUCGGACUCGCUUCUUCUGCCUCUUCGCGGCUCGGCUGGGUUCACGGUUGAGGAAGCUCUGGAGGCGCUGCCGAUCCAGGUAGAUGACGUGGCUUGCUAUCAGGGCCAGCUAAUCAGCAUCUACAUCUCCGAAGGGGUGCACAGUGCCGCGCAACAGCGACUGUACGAGUUCAUUCUUUGCGCCUACCAGCAGCACCAUAUUCAUCCGAUGCACAUGGCGGCGGUGGAGUCCGCUCUGAGUUUACCGCUGCCGGGCCACCGCGGCAGCGGCAGCGGAAUCUCUAGUGACGUCUCGAGGGAGUCGUCUGUCUCGGCGAGCGAGGCGCUGGUGGACCUACUGUCGGCUCAGGCGGGUGCCGCGCACGCGCAGCAUCGCGAAGUGGUGGCGCUGCUGGAGCUCAUUGCCCCUACGACGACGCAAGCACUACGCACGCUCACGAAGGGUCUGCAGCAGGUGCAGCACCUGCUGGAUCGCGAGGGUGAGGAUGCCGGCUUCGCCAAGGCUUUCAGCGGAACCGGUCCGCCGUGCACCUCACCGGUGCUCUUAUCCGCCGUGGAUGCCGCAAUUCUUGGGUGCGUCGUCGAUGAGCUGCGGUGGCGGCAGUGGCAGCACUCUCUGCUCUCAAGCAAAGGGGCGAAUACGGACUCUUCCAACCCCGCGCCACUCUCGGCUGCGGGCGCAACACCUAGCGAGCUGCUUACGGCGUUGAUCCUGGCGCGCCGCGGCAGGAGUGGUGGUGGCCGCAGUGUUACCCCUACUGCGGACGAUGGUGCUGACCUUGAGGAUGCCCGGACCAUCGCGCACUACGCGGCCUUCUGCGCUGCGCGAGAGCGAGCCGCUCGCAACGCUCGCUCAAGCCAGGGCUCAUCUAUACCCAGGCCCGGUGCGUCGCCGUCGUCUGAGGAAGAGGAUCUAUUCCACCUGACCGACGCCCCGCCGAUGCUGGAAGUGCCGAGCAACGCGAGUGACAUCAGCGCCUUGGCGGCGACUGGCGGCGACAACGCCGACGUUGGCCUCACGGUUGCCCACGAGCUGGCGGCGCUCUUUAGCCGGCGUCGUCAGCAGGACGCCAGAGGUGACGACGACAAGGCCGCAGCCCUGCUCGAGGAGAUCUACCUCGACGACGGUGAGCACGGCGGAGCAGGCGUGCUUGGCGGAGACUUGAACACGGAGGCGAUGCGCAAUAUUCGGCGAGAGCUGGAGUACCUGCAGGCGGCGAAGCAGCAGCGCAUGUGGGAACUCUUGAUGCGGUUCGAGUUACAGAAGACGCGCUGUGCUGACAAAAUGGACGGCAGCGGCCACCGGGUGCCCAACCUUGGCACUGCCGGUGCGCGCGGUGCCAAUGACCGCACCUCGUUGCCCUCCGUCGACCCUGACCGUCUCGGCUUCGAGGUAAAGUCUGGAAGUGCUGCCUGGUACGGGAUGGAGGCUGCAAAGCGGGUGCACAACAUUCUGCGCCGCCGCGCGCGUCCUGAUCAGAUCAUCGUCGGUGGCGGCCCGCACGGUGGCAGCGUCGGCAUUGAGCUCAGUCGCCGCACUGCGCAGCCGGGGUCAAGCAAAGCAAGCAGCAGUAAGGAGGGCAAUUUCGGCGGCGCCAGGGCUUCCCUUGGCUGUGGUAUGUUGAGCCAGGAGGACGAGGGCUACGCACACUCAUCUGCUGAAGAGGAGGCGUUGUAUACACUGGGUCCCUAUGCGUUGCAUCAGCGGUCCGCUCGCAGCACUGGGCGGGCUACCCCGUCGACGGUGCGCCUUCCACCUCUGCAUCAGUAUUCGCUGUUCCGUGCGCAGCAGGGCCGCGACGGUCUCGCCGCCCACGGCGGCAACCCCGCGCUGAUAACAGGCGUGGGGUACUUGUCGCCACGCGAUGUUCUGAGUCUGAACGCGUACGGGCGCAUGGCCUCCGGUGGCGCGGACGACUACUCAGGCGCCACCCAACCUCUUUACGCUGCUGGCAGCCUUACCGAGCAGGUGCUGGCGUACCGAGAAGCGCUGAUGCGCUCUGUCGGCCGCGUCGUGCCGAUGCCGUUCACCACCUACGCCAAUGGGGCUCCGUACUGCUUGCCACUCUCGACAUGGCCAGCGUCAUCGGGGAAGGCCAGUGCGUCUGGCAACGAGCGCUACGACCCGCUAGGCCGCGAACUGCCUUCGCCGGUGCCGCUACCGGAUUUGACUACGUGGGUGUACGGAGUCCCUGAGGUGUACGCCUCGUCGCUCCUGCAGCAGCAGACCACUGGCUCGCAUCAACCGCAGAACAUGGCCCUCUUCAUGCCCCGCUACGACUGUUCUCAGCUUGCCGAGGUCGAUGGGCGUCAGCGCGCGUGUAUGACGUCGCCGGUGCCACCGUCACUGAGUCGCAGCCGCAGCUUUCCGGCUGGUGCAACUGCUGGUGCUCCCACCUACUCUACGCCUGCUGCCCUUGCUGCGCAGCGACUACAGGCAAUGCUCAGCGUGUCCAUGUGUGACCCGUCUGUCGGCGCAGCUCCUGCCGCCGCCGCCGGAAGCCGCGGAGCGCUUCCGACGACGCGAGGUUAUGCUUAUCCUGUGCACUCGCGGCGGAGCGACGGUGCCGCGACAACACAGCCGCGCUCACCGGCGCCGCCUUUGACGAAACGGACUCUGUCCAGCACGAGCGCCGGCGUCGACGGCGCUGCACCGUCUUCGGUGACCAACCAAAGAACGGCUGGCGAAUGCAAAGUCAGUGAGCCGAACUACGAGUUCUUUGUUUUUGACGAGAAGGACUUGAACCCCCUUGCAGAGACGCUGGGGCCUCCGAAGGACAGCUCCGCGUGA